UUGGCAAUCACGAUACCAUACGAUGCGAUGUCGGUUUCAUACCGGCCGGAACAUCUAGGACGAAAUCUCUCGACCAUAGUCUCACUACUACAAAACUCGUGAGUUACGAAAUCCGAGUCAAAUGUAAGAUCUUUGUAGCUAUGGUCAGCACACGGCACUACGUUCUCACCCGACAGUGCUCUGUUUCUCAUUUCUCAAUGUCCACUCUGUCGUCUCACUUGACCCCAUUUCGCUUACCACCCUAAACCUACCGAAGUCGUUCUUCCUCCUCGGAUGAAGUUGUAGUGUUGUUGGACAUUGACUAUGACGACAUCGGGCCAGAUGUAACUCAAGCAAGCCGGCGACCAAAUCCAAAUCAAAUUCACUCGAGAGUAAGCCAAGCCAAUGCCAUUUAGCAUCCUCGUCGUCCCCGGAAAACACCCUCUUCGCCGGUUCAUCAGAAGCUUCAACGCAUGGGCUCGGUCCAUAAGGAAAGCCGCCGUCUCUCACCCACAUAAACCCCACAAAGCAUUUGAUCUCUACUCUCGGAUGCACCGCUGCAACAUCCCUUUUGAUAGCUUCUCGAUUCUUUAUACGGUGAGGUCUUGCACUAACUUGCGCGACCCAACAGUCAUUCGUCACCUCCAUUGCCAUGCCGUUAAGCUCGGCUUUGGUUCCCACGUUUACGUCGCCUCGUCUCUGGUGUAUGCCUAUGUCGUCGUGUCUUUUCGGGAUGCUUGCGUGCUGUUCGACGAAAUGCCUCAGAGAACCACGGUGAGUUGGAAUACUAUGAUUACCGGGUUUGCAAAGGCGGGUGACGUGGAGAAGGCGCGUUCGGUUUUCACCGAAAUGCCUAGGAGGGAUGUCUCUUCGUGGUCUGGCAUGAUUGCGGCGUAUGUGAAUUACGGGAGUGUAGUUUGUGGAUUAGUGCUGUUUCACGAAAUGAUGGUAAAGGAGAGACUGUUUCCCGACCAAGUGACGGUCUGUUCUGCUUUGACUGGGUGUGCUCGGAUUGGUUCCUGUGCAUUGUUGGCGGGGAAAUCAAUUCAUGGUUUUGUGGUGAAGAAUUCGUGGGAGAUGAAUGUUUCAAUCGGGACUGUUUUGGUCGAUAUGUAUGCCAAGUGUGGAUUCUUCAAGCAGGCUGUCCGCAUAUUUGACAUGAUGAAGGAAAAGAAUGUCAUGACUUGGACGGUUUUGAUUUGUGGGUCGGCGCAACAUGGUUUCAGCGAGGAAGCACUUUCUUUGUUCGAUAUAAUGCAAAAGAGGGGUGUGAAGCCAAACGAAUUGACUUUCACUGGGGUUUUGAGCGCUUGUACCAAUACAGGCUUAGUAGAGGAGGGACGCAGAUACUUCAAUUUGAUUGAGGAAUAUGGCUUGGAGUUGAGAAUACAACAUUAUGGAUGCAUGGUUGAUUUACUCGGUAAGGCAGGCUUGCUAGAAGAGGCUUACGAGACAAUUCGGACCAUGAAAUAUGAACCCAAUGUAAUUGUUUGGACUGCCUACUUGUCAGCUUGCAAGACACAUAAUCAAUUUGGGAUGGCCGAACGAGUAAUUGACCGGGUGUUGAGGAUGGUGAAGCCAGAGAAUGAUGGAGGCAUUUACACACUCAUAUGUGAUGUCUAUGUCUUGAGCGGGAAGUGGGAUGAGGCACAAAGUAUAAGAGAAUUAAUGACCAAAGAAAGUGUGAGAAAGGUCACUGGAUCUAGUUCUGUCAAACGCUAAAAAUUAUAGCCAGUUGUUCCAUGGCUUGUAUCUCCCAUGACUGAACGAUGCACAAUGAAACCCCAGGAUUUGUAGAAUGGGUUGCAUUUUCUGCUAACACAUCGUGGAGGUGGUUCUCAGGUAACAACCUUGGAUCUAAUUCAUUUCAUUCUUUGUGUAAGCGUGGUCUUCUCCUAGACAUACAAGAUUUUAGAAGACAUUGUCAUAUUGUGUACAAUGAAACCGCAGGACCAAGAGUCGAAGAGCAGCUGACAAUGUACCGAUCCCUGAAUAGAGUGCAUUAUUGUCGCCUUUUGGAUAAAUUAAAGAGAUUUACAGUCUAACUCUCACCAUUGGUAUUCAAGAAUCAACAUUGAAAUCUACAUGAGGGCUGAGAAGUUGAUUGCUGGAUCCAGGUGCCCCUAUUUUCAUAGUUGAAUCUUAAGUUUUGCUGGCCACUAGUGCGAUUGUGCUAUCGAAUGAAUAUAGCAUGAUUUGCUUGUCUUUUGUACUUUCUUCUUCUUUUUCUCAUGGGCUGAGAAUUCACUGACAUGUUCAAAUUGUACUUUGUAUUGGGAUAGUCAGAGGUCACCUUAAUUCUUUGAAUGAGGAAAAGGAUAUAGUUUUACUCUUGCCUGACGAGUAACGCCCAGAUGCUUCUUUAUCAUAAAGCCAACUCAUUUCUGUAGUGCACCGUACAUUUGCAACAUUGUUUUUUAAAAAUUUUCCAGGAGUCGAUUGCAAGUUGAACUAUGCUUCCACUUUUCCUCCAUUUUUCUGUGGUUAGAAAUUUGUUUCUUCUUAUGACAUUUUCUUCAAUUUUACUGCUUCCUCUGCACGUCUUAUUAGUCAAGGUGGGAAGGAUUAUGGAAUUUCCAUUAGGAAGAGCAGUUCCGUUUCCUUGGACAGACCUUUGCUCAAGGAAUGACUGCAAGACAGCUUCCUUCUCCUCUGGAAGAGUAAGCUUGAUCGAUUUUUUCACUACAGCUCUUCUGAUCACGUAACAUUACGAUUACUACGCAUAAAGUAAACAGUACAGAAACACAAGAUCGAAUAAUAGUCGAAUCAGGUUCAAUAACGACCCAAGAUAACUUAAAGUCAUGGUUGGCAUGCUU